AUGUCGCAACUCCUCAAGAAGUCCCUCAAGCUGGCGCUGGUGCAACUGGCGUCAGGCGCCGACAAGACGGCGAACCUCAGCAACGCGCGCAGCAAAGUACUAGAAGCCGCAAAGCAAGGUGCCAACCUCGUCGUCCUGCCCGAGUGCUUCAACUCGCCCUACGGCACAAAGUACUUUGACAGGUACGCAGAAACACUGCAGCCCUCGCCGCCCACCGAAUCCGCGUCCCCAACCUUCCACGCGCUCAGCAGACUCGCAAAAGAAGCAAACGUCUACCUCGUCGGCGGCUCUAUACCCGAGCGUAGCGACACGGACAGCAAGAAGCUCUACAACACAUCGCUCACAUUCAGCCCCGCGGGCGACCUGAUCGCAACGCACCGCAAAGUCCACCUCUUCGACAUCGACAUCCCCGGCAAGAUCAAGUUUGUCGAGUCGGAUGUCCUGUCGCCAGGCAACAAGAUCACCAUCGUCGACCUCCCCGAGUACGGCAAGAUUGGCAUCGCGAUAUGCUACGAUAUCCGCUUCCCGGAGCUCGCUACCAUCGCAGCCAGAAAGGGUGCCUUCUUGCUACUGUAUCCCGGCGCUUUCAAUCUGACAACCGGUGCACUGCAUUGGGAGCUGCUGGCGAGAGCGAGGGCGACCGACAACCAGGUCUUUGUGGGUCUGUGCAGUCCCGCGAGGGACAUGAAGGCGGAUUACAAUGCCUGGGGGCAUAGCAUGGUGGUAGAUCCCAACGCGCAUGUACUGCAGCAGUUGGACGAGAGAGAAGGCAUCGUGGUGCAGCAAUUGGAGGUCGGCAAGAUUGAGGAGACACGGAAAGGCAUCCCCCUGUACACACAAAGACGCUUCGACGUAUACCCAGAUGUCAGUGAAGGCGGGAGGUUCAAGGAAUAG